AUGUCUUCCCCAAGCAAGAGGCGUGAGAUGGACUUGAUGAAAUUGAUGAUGAGUGAUUACAAGGUGGAGAUGAUCAAUGAUGGGAUGCAGGAGUUCUAUGUACAUUUCCAUGGACCCAGUGACAGUCCUUACCAUGGUGGGAUUUGGAAAAUCAGGGUAGAGCUUCCUGAUGCUUAUCCAUACAAAUCUCCAUCAAUAGGAUUUAUUAACAAGAUUUAUCACCCAAAUGUUGAUGAAAUGUCGGGAUCCGUUUGUUUGGAUGUUAUUAAUCAGACAUGGAGCCCUAUGUUUGAUUUGGUGAAUGUGUUUGAGGUAUUUUUGCCACAACUUCUUUUGUAUCCAAAUCCAUCCGACCCAUUGAAUGGUGAGGCUGCAGCUCUAAUGAUGCGUGACAGGACUGCAUACGAGCAACGAGUUAAAGAAUAUUGUCAGAAAUACGCCAAGCCGGAAGACAUAGGUGCUCCUGAAGAAGAGAAAUCAAGCGAGGAUGAGAUGAGUGAUGACGAGUAUGACUCUAGUGAUGAGGCCAUUGUUGGGAAAGCUGAUCCAUGA